CCUCCUCCGGCCGCUGCGGGGCCGCGGGCGGGACGCCUGGGGCGGCGCGCGCAGGAGGAAGCGCGGCGGCCGCGGCCCGGGGAGCUGCCCAGACGCCGGAGUCGGGAGCGCGGGCCACCGCGUCCCCAUUUGCCAGGUGUGCGCGGUUGGAGGCGCCGUCCCGGGCCGUGGCCGUCGCGCGCCGGCCGGGCCUUUCCUCCCGCUCCCCGCACCCCGCCACCCCGGCCGGCCGCGAGCCGAUGUCCUGAGCUCGCCGCCCGCGGGCUGUGCGCCCGGCCGGGGGCUGCCUGGGAAGUUGGGGCGAGGCGCGCCGGGCAUGCGGCGUCACCAUGUCCCGCCUGGGCUCGUGGCUCGGUGAGCUCCAGUGGCUGGUCUUGGUGGCGCUCUUCGUCGUGGCCCUGGGCACGGUGGGCCUGUACCUGGCGCAGUGGGCGCUGGCCCGGGCGCGGGCGCGCUCCCCGAGGCGGCCGGCGGAGCCUGGCGAGGGCCCGCGCCCCGAGGCGGAUGCGCUGCUCGCCUGGAUCUUGACGCUGAACAGCUGCAGGAGCCGGUGGCAGGCCGCCUGGGUGACCGCCCUGAACGAUGAGGCCAAACGGAAAGGCGGCCCGCUGCUCCUCUGCUUCCAGGAGGACCCGCUACAGCAGCCCCUGGAGCUGGCCGUGCAGCAAGUCUCCAGCGUGGCCCGGUCGGCACAGGAGAAGGUGGUGUUUUGUCACGUGGUGGGCGAGACCAUCCAGUUCCUGGUCAGCGUGGGGCCACCCUCAUCCGAGGACACGGGGCACCCGCUGUACAGUGUGCGGCUCUCCCCACUUCAUCUGCAGCUGGAGCUCCACAUGAAGGAGAAGAGAGAGGACAUUCAGAUCAAGUGGUCCUUCAUCAGCGCACCAGAGAUGGCCAUUACCAUCCAGCCCAAAGCACCCGGGGAGGACCGGGCGGUUGUGACAGAUGCAGUUUCUGAAAGUCUCAAGGACAUUUUGAAGCACCUGGUUAGCUCCGCCUCCCCGUCGGUGGUUCUGAGCACCAAACCUGUGGAUGCGAGGGACGUUCAGCGUCUGCAGUCCACUUCAUCUACUCAGGAAUCCUGCCCUCCCAAACCUCCAAGGGCUCAUGAGCUCAAACUCUUAGUGAAGAACAUCCGAGCCUCGCUGCUGAGCCGCCCUGGUGCUUCAGGCAACGCUAACCCAGUGUGUGUAGUUCAGCUCAACGAUCCCGCCCAGAAGUUCUCCAGCACCCUCACGAGAAACACUAACGCCCUCACUUGGGAGGAAGAACUCACCUUUGAGUUGAAUGCCAAGUCGAGGGAGCUGCACCUGCAGAUUGCGGAGGAGGGGCACUCCUCAGAAGCUCUGUUGGCGAUGACAACUGUCCCCUUGGAUUUGUUCAAGAAGCAGCCUUCUGGGCCACAGAGCUUUACGCUGACCAGCGGGUCCUCCUCGGGCAGCUCGGCGUUGGGUUCGGUCACCGCAGAGUUUUCUUAUGUAGAACCCAGUGAAGCGAAAUCCUGGCAAAUGCCUCCACCUGUUCCUGCUGCAAAGAUAGAAAAAGACCGCACGGUGAUGCCGUGUGGGACCGUGGUCACUACUGUCACUGCCGUGAAAACCAAGCCUCGCUUCGAUGCGGGGAGGGCGUCCCCGCUGAGCUCUGAGUCUCCCCUGAGGACACCUGUCAAGGUGAAGGUCAUCGAGAAGGACAUCUCUGUUCAGGCCAUCUCCUGCCAUGGUGCCCCUGUCAGCAAGACGUUCUCGUCCUCAGAUACAGAGCUGCUGGUGCUGAGCGGAGCCGACCCGGUGGCCGAAGUCGCCAUCCGCCAGCUCAGCGAGUCCUCGAAGCUGAAGUUCAAGUCCCCGCGGAAGAAGAGCACGAUCGUCAUAUCCGGGGUCUCCAAGACCUCGCUAUCUCGGGACAGCGAUGCCGCCCUGAUGCUGGACUAUGCGGCCUCCAUGGACGGCACCCGCCAGGAGGAUGCCCUGGACCAUCCGGGGGUGGCCGCCGCCUUGGCCCCACCCGAGGAGGGGGAGGAGGCCCCAGCAGGGACCCCGCCUGCCCUAGAGCCUCAGAAGACUGAGCCAGAUUCCUGGGACUUGGAGAAGGAGCCGCCGGCUGGGGCGUGGGGUGGCCAGGCCACGCUGGACCCCGAUGGGGACGAGCUGUCGGAGAGCUCCCUGAGCGUGUCCGAGCUGGAGCCGGGCGCUGUCAAGAAACAUAAAGCGUCAGAAGCUAUAAUAGUACCGGCAGAGCAGCCAGCACAUGGGCUGCUUCUCCCCUGUGCAGCAUCCUGGCAAGCCCAUGAGAUGAAGUCAGCAGCAACCAGCCACAGCCAGAAGGACACGGUCACCACACAUGCAUGGUUUUUCUUUAGUCCAAGGUUGGUUUGCCAAUAUUGCCAGUAGCUGGAACAAAGCACUUUUAGGACAAAAGAGGAAAUUAUUUUAUGUCUCAGGUGUGGGUCUUAGGAAUGGAAGUUGAGUAAGAAAUGAGCCACACGUGCAUCCAGUUUCUUUUGUGAGCUCCUCAGACUUCUACUGGGAACAGUGCUCAGCCCCUCUUGGGAUGCCCUUGUUUUGAUUUCCGGUGGGAAAAACAGCCAGCCUGGCACACGAUGCUGAUAUCCCUGUGCAUCUUCCAAACCACUCUCCUCACCCGUAUGCCUCUCCCCUGGGGCUCAUUCACGAUUUUCACAUCGUCCGCUCCUUCUGGAUGAGCCGCUUCUAGGAGACAUGCUUAUUCAACAGCAGUUGUCAUCAGGGUGAAAGGUCUUGAGUAAGAUUCAUUUUCCUCCAAAGAGAUGUAAAGUCAAUACUGAAAACUUGGCUUCUGUCACAGAUGUGAAAUUGGGUGAGUUCCUUCCUAUAGGUGCUUUUGUGAAUCCUUAAACAUAUUUCAGGGGUAAAGAGAGCCAUGGCUGAGCAAAAAACCUUUAUGAACAUCAAAAUUAUAGAAUUUUUUCCUUUCCUUUCUUUUUUUUUUUGAGGGAGAGAUUAGAACACUACAUUAGCAAUUUUAUGUUGGGACGUCCCUGGUGGUCCAGUGGUUAAGACUCUGUGCUUCCAAUGCAAGGAGCACGGGUUCAAUCCCUGGUCAAGGAGCUAAGAUCCCACAUGCCAUGUGGCACAACCAAAAAAAAAAAAAAGGAAUUUUAUUUUAAAACGCACAAUUUAAAAAUCCUUAGGUCUCCCAAGAAUUAUCAAGUGACUGUAAAAUGACUUUUUCAGCAUGCUUUCCUUUUAAAGAUUAUACUCCAAUUGUAAUCACUGUAAAUGAGCACCUGGCAUUCCAAAAUAGAGUAUGUUCACACCACGUUACUCCCCACAGGCGAGUAAUCGCUGCUCGUCUUUUUGGAAUCGAUGGUCUCGUUAAUGUUCUGUUGUACCUGAAGGAUCACUGUUCUCUGUCAUGCGGUUGGCAGACCCUGUGACAUUCCAGAAUCAAUUCUAAGAGGAUGUCGUGUCAGAAUUUCGGAAGAUGUUAGUACAAUUUUUUGUUUGAUUUGGACUCGAUUUAUUCAAGUGUGAAGGUGUCAGAGCUUCAGAUUCAACUUGCUCGCUCUAAAAAAAGUCUUAACCUUUCCCAUUCCUGAAUGACCUCACGAGCGUUCACUCUUUCAUCCAGGGCUCUGCUUUCUCAGCUUCCUCAUGACUUGAAACCUCUUCAGGGUCCUGGGACAGUGUCAGAUGGGCUGCGCCUGCCCAUGCAUGAGAAGCACGUGCAUUAACAGGAGAGGGGCAGUGUUGCUGGGGAGAUGUGUUUCUUGGUGUCUGUUAGAUGCACAGCAAGAACCCUGUACAUUUGAGUCAGUCCGGGAGCCCACCCUCCAGACGUGCACACAAUCGCCACCGAAUAGCUUUUUCUAAAGUUACAGGGAGGACACCAAUGUCGCAGAAAAUGGGACAAGAAAAAAAGCAUAGGGUCAGGGCAGCCCCAGGAGAACAUGGGCUGUGUUGACACUGUGAAUGUUUCCUUUCCGAGCUGUUUAUCCAGGUCUGUUUUUUAAUGAUGUAGGAUAUCUAUGUGAAGGUAAAUGUCAUUAAGGCCAAACAUCAAUUAAGAUUAUACACCAAAUGCAAAACCUACUCAUUUGUAAAUCACCUAUUCCGUUACUUUUUCCACACGUCAGAGUGGUUUGAGGGCUUCUGUUUUUGUUUUGUCUUGAUGAACUUUUUGCAGAGUGGUGCCUUGAAAGCAAUUUCUCAUGGACACUAAUAUUAAUGUGUGUGUGUAUGUCUGGAACCAGCUGCUCACGUUGGUUUUAGUGAGCGGUCAACACUCCUUUGGAUUAAUUUAAGGACGCGCCUGUGUUCUUUGCGGAGGAAUGAGAUGGACCUGUAGGUGUGUGCGUGUGUUUUCAUGUAACAUCAACAGAAGUACCCAUCUCAUCGUUCCAGUUGAAAGCCUGCUGUAAGGAAGGAGGUUUAAACCGAGCACUUUAUUUAAAUCAGGUCUCAAGUUUAAGUUCACAAGCAGCCUGGGCCCGCCGCUGCCAACCGGUGACAAAUUGGAUGCCUGUCCAGAUGUUCGAUUGGUUUCACUGGCCACAUCUGUAGAAGAAUGUUGCAGAGUUUCUUCUUGAACAAAAAGGG